CUGCUUCCAUGGAUCCGCUGCAAGCAGUCCACCUGGGUCCUCGGAAGAAGAGACCGAGGCAGACGGGCGCCUCAGGGGCCUCCACAUCUCACGACAUCCGAUUUCGAGACUUGGUCCUCUUCAUUUUGGAGAAGAAGAUGGGAACAACUCGAAGAGCCUUCCUCAUGGAGCUGGCCCGAAGGAAAGGGUUCAGGGUGGAAAAUGAGCUCAGUGACUCUGUCACCCACAUCGUGGCAGAGAACAACUCGGGAUCCGACGUCCUGGAGUGGCUCCAGCUACAGAACAUCAAAGCCAGCUCUGAGUUCGAACUCUUGGACAUCUCCUGGCUGAUUGAAUGCAUGGGAGCCGGGAAACCGGUGGAGAUGGCGGGGAGACAUCAGCUCGUUGUGAGAAGAAGCCCUUCCCUGAGUCCUGUCCCAGGCUCCCAGACCGUUCUGCAACCUGCCGUGCAGAAGAUCUCCCAGUACGCUUGUCAGCGGAGAACCACAUUGAACAAUCACAACCAGCUAUUCACGGAUGCGUUUGAUAUCCUGGCUGAAAAUUAUGAGUUUAGAGAGAAUGAAGUUUCUUGUCUGCCAUUCAUGCGAGCUGCCUCUGUACUGAAAUCUCUGUCCUUCCCCAUCGUCAGCAUGAAAGACACAGAGGGAAUUCCUUGCCUAGGGGACAAGGUGAAGUCUGUCAUAGAGGGAAUUAUUGAAGAUGGAGAAAGUUCUGAAGUGAAAGCCGUGUUAAAUGAUGAGCGAUAUAAAUGCUUCAAACUCUUUACAUCUGUGUUUGGCGUGGGACUGAAGACAGCUGAGAAAUGGUUCAGGAUGGGGUUCAGAACUCUCAGCAAAAUAAAGUCAGACAAAAGCCUGAGGUUCACACAAAUGCAGAAAGCAGGUUUCCUCUACUAUGAAGACCUCAUUAGCUGUGUGAACAGGGCAGAAGCAGAGGCCGUCAGCAUGCUAGUUAAGGAGGCAGUUGUGGCAUUUCUUCCAGAUGCCUUGGUCACCAUGACUGGGGGGUUCCGCAGGGGUAAGAUGACCGGACAUGAUGUAGACUUUCUAAUUACCAGCCCAGAAGCCACAGAGGAAGAAGAGCAGCAGCUCUUGCAUAAAGUAACAAACUUUUGGAGACAGCAGGGGUUGCUUUUGUACUGCGACAUCAUAGAGUCGACCUUUGAAAAGUUCAAGCUGCCCAGCAGGAAGGUGGACGCCCUCGAUCACUUCCAGAAAUGCUUCCUUAUUCUGAAGCUGCACCGUGGCCUAGUGCGCAGCGAGGAGAGCGGCCAGCAGGAAGGAAAGGACUGGAAGGCCAUCCGUGUAGAUCUGGUCAUGUGCCCCUAUGAGCGCCGGGCCUUCGCCCUGCUCGGGUGGACUGGAUCCAGGCAGUUUGAGAGAGACUUGAGGCGCUAUGCCACACACGAGCGGAAGAUGAUGCUGGACAACCAUGCUCUGUAUGACAAGACCAAGAGGGUGUUUCUUGAAGCAGAAAGUGAAGAAGAGAUCUUUGCCCAUCUGGGAUUGGACUACAUUGAACCCUGGGAAAGAAAUGCCUAAGAAGGAGCUGUUGAAAAUGUUCUCUUCAGGUUAGACAAACUGCUCUGUUAGUAAAGAUGGCUUGGGAAAGUCUGGGAUUCUUUGGAUCAUAAGUAUACUACGCAGAGAGAAUAUUCUAAAGCAACUUUGAAGUCUUGAUAAACCAGAAUGCAGCCAUAGUUCACAUUCUCAGGUCAUUUGUCCUACUGCUUCAUAGAAUUCAUAGUUUGUUUUACUGUCUGUUUCAUUUUAAUAAAAAUGGUCUUGCCAUUGGAGCAUUAUCCAGAGAAGUGCA